GGCAAUUGGAAAUGUUUGGGGAGCAUUUUUGUCAAUUGAAAGUCAAAAAUGUUUUUCUUCUCUAACAAUUUGUGGUCAUUUUUUUUUUUGCUUUAUGAAUGUUAAUAAUUUGCACAAGCUACUCCAUUCAAUCUGGUCUACAUUAAACGCUCCAAAUGGAGAUUUGUGCCUAAACAAAAUGUCUAAGUACUCUUUUCUUUUAUUUCUUACCCCAGGUUCACAGUACUGUUGAAAAAAAUCCAGUCAUUCCUUAUGAGCAAUGUUAAAAACAAACUUGUUUAUAUGGCAUGUGCCAAGGAGAAACUGCAUUUCUCUCUCACAGGCCUGCGCAUGGGCAUCAGCAACUGUAUUUGCUGUUGGAGUCCAUUUCACUCGAUUCCUUUCACACUGUUACUUGUAAAUUACAAAGUGUUCAGACCGGGUGUUUAAUCUGAUCAUUCUGAUGUGAGAAUUGGACCAUGUCUAAGUUAAACAUCAGCUGGCGUGUGAGUUACUGUAGGCUAGUUGGUCAGUUUUCACAUACACGUCCAUUUUGAUUAAUUUGAAUUAUAUUUAGACAGCACUUUUGUUCCCAAAGGAUCUCACAGCACUUUACAAAUAGGAGGGGACCCACUUUGUCCACUACUGAAGUGCUGCACUCCACUAAUUUGCGAUUCGUAUACUCCAGCAGCCCCACUCCACAGUAGACUGGAGCCUUGGGUUGCCUUAUCCGAAGGGCAGCACCUAUAGUAAUGCAGCACAGUGUCGCUUAUUGUACUGGGACUUCCAGAAGGGUGUAGUGACACCUGCUGGUCCCUUUCUUCCAUAAGAGGCUGAAAUCCAGCAGUUUUGAUGCAUUAGGAGGGAGGUAGCAUAUCUGCAGGCUUUCUGUCCCUGGACAGCAGCACCUGAAGAGCUGGAAGAUACUGUUAGAUUAGUCCAGGUAAGCCGAUAAUGACCUGAUUCGGCUCUUUAAGAGCCCUGAUUGACUGAAAACCAUUAGAAAAGCACCGACCCUCCAGUACCCUGCUGCAGAAGUUCCCAGGUUGAAUCUUUGGUCAUACUAAAGCACUUUCGAGAAGUUCUCCAACUAAGAAAACCUCUAAUAGGAUACAGCUAUGCCUGUAUUGCCAAAAAUAAUAUGUAACUUAAAGUUUUACACUGUUUCGGUUCAAGCCCCCUCACUAAUUCCAAGUACUUUAAUGUCCAUGCUCUGUACAACAUGUUAAACACACACCUGUUGAUGAUCACUGUGUGACUACUGUAGAGUACUGUAAAUCAUGUUGAGCAGAAACCACAGCCACUGGACAUGUGGAACAAAGGAAGAAAAAUGCGUUAGAAUAGAGUAAUAUAUUAUGCAAACGAAGACGGGCAACAGAGUUUUUACAGACCACUGUGAAAUAGUUGUCCAAAGUGCAAUAAUUAUCUGUUUUGUCAUGCUAUAAAACCAAAACAAGCUAUGCCUGUGACUCAUUGGACAAAGCAGCGGUAAUACUGUAUGUCGGGUCAUGUCCUAAAUAUCCUUUUGUGUUAAACAAUUCACUCCUGUUUAGAGUCUAUGCAAUAAAAAAAAAACACUGGAAAACUUUUUCAUGGGUUUUAGUACGUUAUUUAUUGGAGGGUUAAUUUUUUUUUCGCCUGUUUUGGGGGUACAGUGCAACAGGGGAGCUUGGUGCUCAUUUAAUUUGUUUGGCUCGUUUACAAUACACUGCCUGUACGAUACCGUGCAUUUCCUUCGAGUCACCUUGGUCAGUCGCCGGCUGGCAGCCUCUUAUCUCCUUCUCCCCGAUGACAGCCCCUGUCCUCUCCCGGACUUCCCUCUCGCCCUCUUUGUCCUUUGUCUGGGAUGCUGGACCUGGGUCCGGUCCCGGGGCGAUCACGUGUGCGCGGGCCGCGGCCAGGGGGACGCGCCCCGGCUCUAUAGCCGCCCAGGUGCGCGGCUGUUCUCGCUCAGGCGGUCGCAGCGGAGCGCAGCAGCGGGACCCAGGAUGAAGGGCUGCUGGAGCAGGUCGGCGGCCGGCCCCCGAGACACCCAGUGCUCGGACAGGAGCCCAGCUCUGCAGUCCCCUUUUCCUCACAGGACGCUGUGGGGCUCUGUGGGUGUCGUCCUGCUCCUGCUGGCCAUAGCCGUCAGCGCUAUGGUGCUGCUCGGAGUCAAAAGGAAGCACCCGCAGUCUGUGUUGCAGGUGGUGAGGGUGACUCUGGAGGAGCAGAGCGGCGCCCUGCUCAACCACUCCGCCCUCGUCGACAGGUGCCAUGAGGUGGUGACCUACUACGUGACAUCGCACACUAACCUCACCUCCGCUGUGCUGUUCGACAUGAAAAAUGGCUUAAUAUGUUACAAGCCAGAGAGCCGGGAUGCCUGCUUCCUGCAAAAAAUGGAGACGUCCGAUUUUGAAAACGUACACACCCUCCUCAACAUGUCCCAACACAAGGUCAAUCACUUCUGGCUCCCAGGCAACAAGACCCGAUGGCAGACGGAGUUUCUGGGGGUCCUGGGGGGCUCGGGAGUAGAUGCCAUGACAUUGGAGGAGCCCCUGCAAGCCCUCUGCCAGCACGGCCCCAUCUACUGGGCUCGCCGAGCUGAUGGCCCAGGAAAACAAAGGCUAAUUUACUUCUGCAUCGAUAUAUGCUUCCCCAGUAACGUCUGCGUCUCCGUGUGCUUCUACUACCUGCCUGAGUGAGCAGGGACUGAGUCCACAUCCCACUGCAGCCUGGGACCAAGGCUCUCCUCCUCACUGCGGACUGCCAGAAGCGCUCGCUGAACCCUGGGGGAACCCGACCUAGUUAGGCUGGCAGACAAAGGAGCAGCAGAAGAGCUGCCCUCUCCCCUCGGUGAGGACGAGAAAGAAAGUGGAACUAUUUCAUGUGGUCGAUACCCGCAUGACCACUCGGUGGCUGUAAAAUAAACACCCGCCUUUCAAAACUCCUGCAGUGGACCGUCACAUGAUUUCUUUUCCUGUUUUGCCAAAAUAACACACAUAUACCCGAGAGGCUUGGCUGACCUAUGCUUAUUAACCGGAUAUGAUCUAUAGGAGUGCAUUAUCAAAAGGUCAAGUACUGUACAUCCACUGGCUGCGUGAAAACUCUAUUUUAUUUUCAUGGGAUGUCACGGUUCAAGUCAGAUCUUAUAAACUAUGGAAAAAGAUUGUAAUAAACAAGAUUAAUGCA